UACGAUCUACUGCCACGGCCCGCUGCUGGACACGGUGCAGAUGGCAGGACUGUACAACGACUCGAAAACCUUCGUCGAUAUGAAAAUGAGGUCCUCGCCUAACAUCACCAUGCAAAUGUUUCAAGUAAUGAUGAACAGGACGGGUCAUCGACCUACGAAAGCAGACAUUCAGGAAUUCGUCAAUCAGAACUUCGACGCUGCAGGAUCCGAAUUUAGGGAUUGGACACCGCCUGAUUGGAAGGAACGGCCUG